GUCAAUGUCGUUUGCGUCCCAGUCCAAAUUCAGUUUACAUUACUCGGUUACCUCAGUCCGAAGCCACUAGACAUAUAUUUUUUAAUAUUUUGUAAGAGAUUCCUUCCAUUAUGGAACGAUUCGCACUGACAACCUGCAUUCGCCGUGUCUGGAUCAUGUCCGGAUGGCUGCGCCAGGAGGCGGCAAUAGCAGCCGGCAUGUUGGUGGUGCAGCGACACCAGGUUGAGCUGAGGAAUGAGGAGGAGGAGGGGCUCAAAGUCGGACAGCAGACUGCAUCCAGUGGCGGUGACGUGGGCGUGGACUCGCAAGGAAGACUCCGCCGCGUGCGGCUGCUAGACGACUACAUUGUGCCCUUUGAAUGCGGUCUUUGAUUCUCGAUCCCCAUCUCCUGUUCACCGAUAUGGUUCUGGGCCACAGCGCAGUUAGUUCAUUUCGCAUUCGAAGCAGUUGGCAUUCAAGUAGUUCGAUUCGUGAAACCGCUUCUCCAAAUUUUGGUCAGACGGAAUCUUCAUUGUAUGCGCUCUACGUGGACGGAGAACGAAAACAAAUAUUUUAAUCGAAGAUAUAGCCCCAAAAAGCAUGUUAUUGUAAAAUUUUAUAUUUUCACGAGUAGUUCGCGUUAAUCUCGACGUUUUAGCGACAUUAAAAUUAAACAAUCAAU